AUGCUUCCUUUCAAUCCAUCGAUGCUCGCCGCUACUCCCGAGCCUGAGACGCCGCCAUCGCCAUCUGGCAACCAACAAACUGCAGACGCUCCUCCUGCAGAGCGAUCGCUGGCCGAUUGUGUCAAUGACGCGUGGCGUGGCAUUUGUGAGUCGAUGCGCGUGUGUGUACUGACGAUCCUGGAUGCGAAACCAGAGCUCCUUGAGGAGCAAGAGACUUGGAUGCGGCAGUGGAACACUAGCCUAGAACAAUUGAAUGAUUGCUACACUUGCGCGCAGGUCAUCCAACUGGAACUGUUGCUGAGCGAUGAAGAUUUGGCCGCGCUCGCCGAAGGGAAGAAAGGUUGCCGUGCACUGGAGAAGUUGGUGAAGGGGUGGAAGGCGAAGGCGGUUGAACCGGUGUGCGAGAAGUCGGCGGUACCUCCUUCCGCAGUUGUAGAAGGGAGUGGCGCAGCACCUGCCCCAACUACUCGCCAGACAGAAGUUAUGGAUAUGGCUGCAUGUCCGUUACUAGGGAAAAAUGUGUGCGUUGCCAGAAUCGCAGCGGCAUGUGUGACGGUUCGCCUGGCGUCCGCUGCUCUUACUGCAUCGGAUCCAAGCAGGGAUGUUCAUUCUCUAGCCGAGCCUAAGCUGAAGGCGAAGCCAUUGGCUCGAGUCCGGACUGCACUUCCGCAUGGUGCUGCGCCGACCAAGAAGGUGCGGACUGGUUCCAUGAGUUCGGCUCGGCCGACCAUCGUUACUACCGCCAACGAUGUGGUUUCUUCAGAGGGUGAGUCCAAGGUAGAAAUAGAGGUGGAGAUCGUCGAAGAGAAGGGGAAGAAGCAGGCUGAGGAAGAUACUGAGGCUGAGGUGGAGGAGGUAGAAGAAUUUGUCCGCAGAUCAACGACCAUCCCACCAUGUCCCGUUAGGCCGAUUCCGAAGAGGCCAGUGCCGGCGCCAAAACGCAAACUGGACCUUGGAGAGCGAGAGGAGUUGGAUGCGCUUCGCACCGAG